AUGUCUUCUUCCCAUGGUGACAAGCGAAGUUCCGAUGUGGAGAUGGACGAGGCCACCUCUCCGGCGCCGAUUCCGACUUCUCCGGUUGAAGCACCGGCUUGCGUUGCGGACCAUCUCUCCUUUCGGGAGAGACUAGUUCGUCGCCAAGCCGAGAAAGAACAGGUUCGAGCCGACGUCGAGUUACCGUCCUCUUCUGCACUGGCCGUUGCUCCGGGUCAUGGGACCGAGGGCGUAACUCCGCGAGAUACGGGAACUCUCGCAGGCUCGGUCACUCCAGAUGCUUCGGCUUUACCUACUGGAUCGUCCAUGACUCCGAUUCUCGUCGAAGAUAAGGAGAGGUCUGCCGACUCUAUGCCUCCUCCUCCGGCCAGGAAAGAUAUUGUCCUAGCGCUGCGCGCUCCUAGUGUUGUUCCGGGUAACAAGAUCCAUGCUACUAGCAAACGAUCUCUCAUGCAACGGAUUCAACGUGUCUUACCUAUAGAUUCUUGGGGAGUUAUUGAACACGUUACUGUGACUCCAGCUGGUGGUCAAUAUCGAACAACCAACUACAAAUACAAGAUGGUUAUAGCAGAAGACGCUGUGCUAUCAAGAUCGGAUUUAGUUGAUGAUAGAGUUUUUAUAUCGCUUGCUAAUUAUGAAGAAAUUGAGAAUGGAACCAAAAAGCAAGCUUUUCUCAUUGACGUGAUAGGAAGAAUUCAUGACCUUGGUGAUGUACAGACUGUACAAGUUUCUGGCGAAGACAGAAAGAGGGUUCUGUUUCGCUUAGUUGAUGCAGAAGGAAACAAUCUUGCAUGCUGUCUGUGGGGAACAUAUGCUGAGCAACUUGAACCGUUUUCUCUAAACGGAAAGGAUCAAACAAUUAUUUGUUUGAUCAGGUUUGCAAAAAUCAAGGAAUUUAGAGGCGAGCUGCAAAUCACUAAUGCUUUUGAUGCGACACGACUGUUCCUGAAUGCAAUGAUCCCUGAAGUUUCUAAUAUAACUCAAAGGCUGUCAAAUGAUGAUCUCUCUGUUGCUCUGGUCCCAAAACCGUCUGGAAAGAAGGAUGGUAAAAGAAUGUUGUAUAACUGGAAUGAUGCUGAGAUCAAAACAAUUGCAGAAGUCGCUGAGGCCAAUCAGGUGGAGAUUUGCAAAAUCAUAUGUACUAUUGAAGCUAUAGAUACAGAUUGGUCUUGGUUCUACAUUGGUUGUAACCGGCACCAAAAACGUGUACUUAAGAUUCCUAAAGUUGAUUAUAGAAGGAUGACAAAAAAAGAUAAGCCUAUGUUUCGUUGUGAACUUUGUCGUUCUAAUAUCAAUACUGUUGGACCCAAAUUCAAGCUACAUCUGGUUGUGAAAGAUGACUCUGCAACAUGUAAUGUGAUGUUGCUAGGCUCUGUUGGUAAGUCCAUCGUUGGAGUGGAUGCUGAAGAAUUAUGGGAUGGCUCAUAUGAGGAGAUUGAAGAUCCAGAUAUACUACCAGAACCUAUUCUUAGUUUGGUCGGCAAGUCUUUCUGUUUUGGUAUUUCCAUAUCCUCAGACAAUGUCACAAAUGGAUCCGACACUUUUGUUGUUUUAGAGGUUUGUUCUGGAGAUAAAGUUCUUACUAUCCAGACUGACUCUCAAUCUAAUUCUGAUAUGGUCACAACUUCUUCUACCAUGUCAUCUGGAUCUGCCAUGAUGUUGGAUCAAAUUUCCUCUGAUGAGUGUCCAACUCCUAUAACAAAGCGCAAGGAUGAUGAUUGUGACCUACAGGACCUAACAUCUUCUUCCAAGAAACAAUGCACCAAGAUAAUCAAAGAAGAGAAGAUCAAGAAUGAUUAG